AUGGCCAGAUGCCUUCUCAAGGAGAAGAGCUUGCCACAAAAUCUUUGGGCUGAAGUUGUGUCAACAGCUGUCUAUCUUCUCAACAUGUGUCCAACCAAACGUAUAGAAGGAAAAGUUCCACUGGAAGUUUGGAUAGGAUCAACACCAUCGGUAAAACACUUAAAAGGUAUUCGAUUCUUUAGCUUUGGUUCAUAUUGCAGAUUAGAAGCGAACCAAGCUAGAAGACAAAAGCGAGCCGAUGGUGUUUAUGGGCUAUCAUCCUACCGGGGCUUACAAGUUUUACGAUCUGAUGAAGCAGAAUAUGAUCAUCAGCAGGGAUGUGAUCAUGUUAGAGAAAGAAUCCUAGGAUUAGAGUCACAUGCAUACAAGUUCGAAGAAGACUUUGGUUCGUGGGGUUACUGA